AUUGUUUGACUAUACAGGAUCGACUCGUUUUUUUCAAGCGAGGGAAUACGUGGAGGCUUGCCAAACUAACAGUAGUCCAAUCGACACACAGCCCGACCGACCUUCUUCUAUGCUCUCCACUGAUGGGCGCAGGACGCGCUGAUGAAUGUGGCCUGCGACUGAACAGGAACAUCAACAAGUGUGGCUGCUGUCAUCUCCUUUAAAAAAAACGUUCUCGACAUGGCAGGAGGGUACCGGUAACACAUUCAGCCUACCUCCACCUCACAGUUGCCUUUAUCUCCCUCUAAGAUACUUUUCCCUCUUGAGUAACUCUCUUGACUUUCCAAUCAGAAAGCAGCCUCUUGGAUUCUGUCUGGAAUACUCCCAAUGCAACGCAUGUGAAACUGGGCUCUACUGAAACCCUUUGGAAACAGGAGGACAUGAAAAUGAUACUUCACCGAAGGAUCUGAUGGAUUAACUACAGAUAAAACCUUGACAGCUUGUAAGGAAGUUAAAACUGUCUUGUCGUGUGGUUUGCAAGCCAUAACGAUAGAACAACAUGGCACAAGGUUUAACCAUGACUGCUCUUUCAUGACAGGACCAGCAGGAGCACACAGCUGAAUAUGUCCAACCGUAUGGGUCAUGAUCGGCCCAGAAAUCCCUUGCUCUCAGCUGUCUCGGCUCUCUUGUGGGCCUUGCACUUUGGAAUAUUGUUCGGAAGUGCACUGGUGACCGCUUGUCCCAAGAGCUGCCACUGCAUGGAGAAGAACAGCCUUGUCGUGCUGCAGUGCAUGUCACGCAACCUGGAGAACAUCCCGGCUGACCUGCCGCGUGACACUGUAGUCCUGCUGCUGGCCUCAAACAGGAUUACCAAGAUCCCCAAACAGGCCUUUAAGGACCUCAACAGAUUACAGGAACUGGAUCUGUCCAACAACGCCAUUGAGACGGUGGAUGCUGGGGCCUUCCAGGGGAUCUCCGACGUCCUUCGGGUCCUGGACCUGUCCAACAACCGCAUAAGCAGGGUGCCCAAAGAGGCAUUCGCCAAACUUCAGGCCAAAAUCAGCCUCUCCAACAACCCCUGGCACUGCGAGUGCAGCUUGCAGGAGGUCCUGAGGGAGCUGAGACUGGACCCAGAGACGGUCAAUGAGAUGAGCUGUCACACGGCUGUGGAGGAGGAGUACACCGGCAAACCCGUUAUCCAGGUCCUGGACUCGGGCAUCAACUUCUGCAACUUCAACCACAAGACCACCGACGUGGCCAUGUUUGUCAUUGUGUUCGGCUGGUUCACCAUGGUGAUAGCUUACGUGAUCUACUACGUGCGGCAGAACCAGGAGGAUGCCAAGAGGCACAUGGAGUACCUCAAGUCCCUGCCCAGCAGCUCGCAGAUCAGCAAAGACUUUGACACCAUCAGCACAGUUCUCUAGCAGGCCCGCUGUGGCAUACAUUUGAGAAAGUGUGAGUGAGUGAAUGAGUGAGUGAAUGAGUGAAUGAGUGAGUGAAUGAGUGAAUGAGUGAGUGAGUGAGUGAGUGAGUGAGUGAGUGAGUGAGUGAGUGAGUGAGUGAGUGAGUGAGUGAGUGAGUGAGUAUUUAUUUUAGGUGGCCUAAGGAGAUGAUAGACCUGGACUUCGUCUGGACCUUUAGUAUUUAUAAUCGCUCUCUGUCUUUCUGUAUGUACACAGAUAUACUAUCUUAAUUUGACCAGUUUCUCACAGCAGGAAAAUAAUCAUUCCACAACAGGAAAUGUGAAUUAUUAUGUGGAUUAUAAUGAGCAUUUUUGAAGGGGUUGAUACAUUUUUGUUGGGGCAAAUUUUAAAGUGGAAAUUCCAAACUUUAAAAGCCUUUUUAAACCUCAAAUACACUAAAAGUUGCAUUUCCUGCGGUGCAGGAACAUUUUCUGUGACAACAGAGUGAUCAAAUUACGAAAAAGGACAUACAUUGACAAAUCUGGCAUUUUAUCAUCUAGACUAUCAUUUCAUUUAUAUUCAGGUGAAGGCUAAUUCUUUUAGAACACUAUUUUCACUUGACAUCUCUUGCGAUCUUGCAUGUAAGUGGGAGAGUUAUGCUGUUCAGAACUUGUUAUAUUUCCUUGUGGCACACAGAUUGGUUCCUAACUACAACUCAUUAUACUCUGCAAACCACCACAGAAUCCCCAUGUACAUGUGGUAAAUGCACACCAUUGUCUGUUUAAACAACAUAUUUUUACAUGCAAAUUCAAUGGAAUUCAUUAGACAAGUGGAAUAAAAGUUGAUUGAUAGCUAGACUGUUACAUUUCUGCCACUUUAGCACAACCAUAAACAUAAGCCAUACUCAUUUUUGUAUUGGUCUUUCUGUAGCUUUGUGGUUAUGAGACGUACAUGCCGAAGUGCCUAUCCCCUGUGACUUCUACACCUUAACACUGUGUAUUGGGCUGUACUAGAUCAUGUUCCCUCCCUGUCCUUCUGCCAUGUACAAUUCGUUAAUGCUGUCUUUUAAACUAGUUAGUUGCUACUCAGGGGGGAAAGUUGGUUGCAAUGAGGUAAUUAUGGUGUCAUUGUCAGGUUGUAUACUGGUUAUAUAAGGAAGUUUCAUUAAUGUAUUUUUAGCAACCAAUAUAAAUACAUCUUUAUCUGGUUAUUUGACAAGAUAACAACCAAAAUAUGACAUCUGAUAAUAUGACGUCUUCUCAAUCAGAAAAUCAGUUUACAACCAGAAAAUUGUUCUUAAGACGUUGUGUCAAUUUGUGCCUGCUGGGUAGGAAGUUUUUAUCUGUGUAGUUAGACUUUCUCCUCAUUUUAUUUGGUGUUUUAGUGGUCAAACGUGAGUCAACAUCUUGUAUGGUUUAUAAAAUCUGUGCUUGUAUGGGAUAUCCCACAUGCUAAAUAGGUCAAAAUGUUGUUUCAAUGUUGUCAUAAUGUUCAAUAAAUGGGCCAAGUGUCCGUUUUUCUGGGACUGGGCCCGGUUUAAAGUGUUAUUGUCAUUAGAUCAUUUAUAUUUGCACAUUGUUAGAAUUGAAAGGUCUCCAGUCAUUUCUUGUAAUUACCAUUGUCCAAUUUCUGUUGUUUCUAUGUGUCAAUGUAGAAUUGUUACUUAAAUUUAUAAUCUGUGGAAUUCAAAAUGAACACCAUAGCAGAAUUU